AUACAACAGUGUUGCUCUUAAAUCUAACCUACGGCAAUGUGGGUGUUCCUGGUGCUGCUUCCCCCGCCCCAAUUCGAGGUUGCAGGUGGCAGGAUGUGAUGGAUGGGGAGGAGAGGCUGUCACAGCUGAGCAUGGUAUAAAUUCAAGAAGGGAGGAGGCUGUUCGUGAAUUCCGUAGGUGCACGAGAGCUGCGCAGAGUCUGCAGAAAAAAGAUUUGUCACCAUGAGCCUCUUGUCACUUCCAUCCAUCUGCAUUUUCCUGCUUUCCCAAGUUUUGCUGGUGUUGGGUGUACUAGAAAUCCAUGUUGACCAGGAGAUGGUCGGCAAGAUCUCAGCUGCUGUCAAGUUGAUGCAGUGCUCUGCUUCAUUAGAUGUCCUUUUCCUCUUGGAUGGCUCCUACAGCAUUGGCAAAGGAAGCUUUGAAAGGUCCAAACACUUUGCGGGCAAGCUCUGUGAUGCCUUGGACAUCCAUCCAGACAAAGUCCGUGUGGGAAUGAUACAGUUUAGCUCAACUCCCCACCUUGAAUUCCCACUGGAUUCUUACCUAACCAAACAAGAAGUGAAAGAGAGAAUCAAGAGGACUCUGUUCAGAGGUGGGAGCACAGAGACAGGUCGAGCUCUGAAGUACAUUCUCCGCAAGGGAUUCCCUGGUGGCAGAAACUCAAGUGUCCCUGAAGUCCUGAUCAUCAUUUCCGAUGGGAAGUCCCAGGGCAGCACUGUGAUGCCUGCAAUGCAGGUGAAGGAGAGACACAUCACAGUUUUUGCAGUGGGAAUCAAGUUUCCAAGGUGGGAGGAGCUGCACAUACUGGCCAGCGAGCCUCCCGAGCAGCACCUACUCUUUGCUGGAGAUGCUGAUGAUGCUGCCAACGGCCUGUACAGUGCCCUGACUGGCUCUGUCUGCAGUACCACUGCUCCAGGCUGUAAAGUUGAAUCCCACCCUUGUGAACGCAGGACCCUGGAGACUGUGAAAGAGCUGGCUGGGAACUAUGUGUGUUGGAAAGGCUCAAAGCAGCCCAAUGCAGUGCAGGCUUCACUGUGCCCCUUCAUCAGAUGGAAGAGAGUCUUGGUAAAAUACCCAUCCAGAUGCUUCCGGACUGUAUGUCCAGACCCUUGUGACUCCCAACCAUGCCAGAAUGGUGGCACAUGUGUCCCAGAGGGACUGGACAGAUACCACUGCCUCUGCCUGGUGGGGUACGGAGGAGAUUUCCACUGUGCAGCAAAGCUGAGCCUGGAGUGUGGCGUGGAUCUCCUUUUCCUGCUGGACAGCUCAGUGGGGGUCACACUGGAAGGGUUCCUGCGCUACAAGGCUUUCCUCAAGAGAUUCCUCCAGGCAGCGAUGGGCCAGGACUCUCCAAUGAACGUGGGGGUGGCCCAGUACGAUGAUGAUGUGAGGAUACCCAUUGAAUUGGGCCAACACAAGGAUACACUCAGUCUCAUGAAGAGCGUUGAUGCUUUGGAUUUCAGUGGAGGAAGAACCCUUACAGGCAGAGCCCUGCAGUACAUUGCAGAGCACGGUUUUAGGAGCACCCCGGUCUUUGCAGAUGUGCAGGAUGAUCUCCCACGUGUGAUUGUCUUGCUCACUGACUCGAAGUCCCAGGAUUCAGUGGCAGAAGCCCCUCAGUACAUGAAGGACCAAAAUCUCUUCUUGAUUGGUGUAGGCAGCAGUUUCAUGAGAGCAGAGCUGACCAAGGUGACUGGCAGUCCACAGCAGACAGUUGUCUACUCUGACCCCCAGGACCUAUUCAACAGGAUCCCAGAGCUGCAGAGAAGAAUUUGCAGUGUGGACAAUGCUGAAGGCUGCCAGGCACAGUCUCUUGAUUUGACAUUUGCUGUGGAUGCCUCAUCUGGAGUUGGCCUGGAGAACUUUCUGCGUCUGAGGCACUUUGUCAGGAGCAGCUGUUUCCACUUCACCAUCAACCGAGAUCUCACCCAAAUUGCCCUUGUGAUCUAUGGCAGCAAAGCUCACACUGCGUUUGCUUUGGCCACCCACACAAGCAAUUCUGCUGUCCUGCAAGCCAUCGACCAGGUGCCUUUCCUUGGGGACUCAGCCUCUGCUGGCAAUGCCUUGCUGCAUAUUUAUGGUGAUGUGAUGACUGCGCAGAAGGGAGCAAGACCUGGUGUCAACAAGGUGGUGGUGCUGCUCACAAACGGGGGUGGACUGGAGGAUGCAGCUGCCCCAGCUCAGCAGCUGAGGCACAGCGGCAUCUUGGUGUUUGUGGUUGUCGUUGGGGACACACAGAGGGACACGCUACUGAGAAUUGCUGGGUCUCCCAGCUACCUGGUCCACAUCUCCUCCUAUGAAGACCUGCAGUAUUACCAAGGCUUUAUCAUUGAAAGAAUCUGUGAAGAAGCAAAAAGCCCCGUGAACCUCUGCAAACCCAACCCCUGCAUGAACCAGGGCGUGUGCAUCCUGGGGCCUGGGAGCUACCGCUGCGAGUGCCGUGGCUCGGAAGGACCCCACUGUGAGAACAGAGUUCUCCGGGGUGAUUCUCCAAGAUCUCCAGUUCUUCCUCCGCACUCCCAUGUGCAGUGGAGUCCAAGGGGUUUGCAGCACUUCUCCAGAGCCUUCUGGCACACUAAAAGGCACCUGGAUCAGAGACACUGACACAGAUGUGCCGAGUGCUCCAGUUCUCCCUCCAGGAACACUUAUUGCCACUCACAAGCACAAUCCAGGAAGCCACCACUGUCUUUGGCAGUGAUGGAGCUGCUGCAGCACAGGGACUGUGCUGAGGCCAUUCCCGGUUCCUGCAUUGCACAAACUGGGCUUUCCAGUUCUCUCUUUCUUUUAUAAUUGAAGUAAAUAUUUGUGUUUCAGUAUUUAUUUCUGGAAUUUUACAUUUUCUCAUCCAGGUCCUAGGGCCAUGGGAUUGGUUUUUUAAACAGAUUUUGAGAGAUCUUUGUGCUAGUUUCAAAAUAUGUAGAAGUUUGAGCAAUUCUGGAGCUCCUGCUGAAGGGAUAUAACAGAUUACACACUUGCAGCCACGUGCUGGAGUGAAUGGCUUGUUAUAUGCAGGAAGACAAAGAAGAGGAAGGAGAACUGAUUACAAACCUCUGUUCUGUUUCAGAAGUUGUCCAUUCUGCUUUCUUCUCUGAAUUUAUUUGGAGGGAUUGAAUAUUGUUUAUUUUCAUAGGCAUUUUGUAGCUGCAUAUUUUUCAUAAGAAGAGGUUUUAAAGAGUGUUUAAUGAUUGAUGCAACUCUAAAGCAGAGCUUUGGCACUCAGUGUGUGUUGCUGGGUUUUUGGUAGGUGUGUUGACUGCUUUUCUUUUAGAUUUGACCCAGGUCAAAUCCCGUUACCUGUGCUGCAAACACACCAAGUAAGGGCAAGCCCCUAACCAUCUGCAACAAAGGUCUGGUCUGUUUAGGCUCUGGAUGGAGCCAUGAUUUGUACCAUCCUUUUGGUCUUGGAUCUUGGUCUAUCUGCUGUGAGGUUUAACUCCACUCCUUCCCUUCCAACAGCACUUGUAUCUGACAGCCACAGGCUGACCUGGAGGGACCAGAUCAGUGCAGCCUCUCGAGUGCCUUUGCAGCGUGCUGGGAGUAGGCCAGAGGAGGAAGGGGCCUGGACCUCUCCCCCAAGUUCUCACCCACCCUUUCUUUCCUUCUCCUGCUGGCCAUCUCUUUGCUCUCUCCUUUGCUGGUGCAUGCUUUCUCUUAUUUCUUUGUUUUUUGCCUAUCCCAGGUCAAGUCUCACCUCUUCUUUUUGGUUCUGUUUCCAUGGCUCAGAGCUUUGCCAUGUCGCUUUGCUCUCGUUUUUCAGCUGGCUGAGGAAAAGUCUGCUUGUCCUGGCCUCAACCUGGACAGAUGAGCUGAAUUGCAUUCCUGCCUUCUCUCAUUGUUUUAAGCUGAUCUUGUUCCUAGCACAGCAGUGAUCUCUGCAGUGGUUUCUAGUGGGCUGUGAUGGUUCACAUGUCUCCAGAGACAGUUUGGCCACAGGCCUGCAUCCUUUGGAGCAUCAGCCUCACUGUACCUCGAGAUCAAUUUGCCUAUGAAACUGUAAAAUCUACAUAACUGCUCCCCCAGAGCCCACAGUUCCCAGUAUUGUGUUCCCGCUGCCUUUCCCAUGGUGUCUGUCACAUCAGGAGAGCAGGAGCAGGUCUGGAGGAGACUGAGGCAGAGGUAAAAACUGUGGCUGCCAGUGCUCAUGAGAAUACUGUCUGUUGUUCACAGAAGAAAAAUCCCCUCACUCAGAUGUCCUGGCCCCAUGUUUGAAUAGUAACAUUAGAUGGACAAAGAGAGACACAAAUUGCUCUGCAGGUUUGUUGUCAAAAGAAGAAUGGUCUGAAAGCACUGUCAGGGAUAAAAGCUGGCACUGAGACAGGAGCAGCACUGUCAUGCCUUGUGGGAGAAACCAGGCUAGGAGAAAGGAGAAUUUCCUUUCUUUUCACUGUCACUUUAGUAGGUUGUCUGUGUCCUAAGGCACAGCAGAAUAGAGGCUUAGUUGAAGGACUGACAUUUGGGAUACAAAGAGAAUCUAAUCUAUUAAUGUUACUUAGGCAUGGCUGUAGCUCAGCACUGCCUCUGUUGUUAAACUGUCAGUCUUCUCUUCUCGUGGGGAGAAUGGGCUAGAUCAGACCCUCAGCUGACACCAAAGAUGUGGUUCAUGUUUUAUGGCACAGAGGGGUCUGUGGAGCUGGCUAUUCAGACUGCUCUGAAAAGUCUCCCCAGCCUCCCUGCAUGUCCUGUGUUGUAUGGGAGGGUGUGAGGGACCCCAGUUCUCACCCCUGCUGUCCUGGGGGGGUUGCAGCUCCCUGGGGGUUUCUCUGCCAUUGUUUGUGUAACAGCAUCGUUAGUUCUCUCCUCUCAGAGGCAUUUGUCCUCUAUGGGAUCAGUCUGCUCUCUCAAACAGCAGCACAUUUGCCUUGUCCAGCAUGCAGCUCUGGAGCUGGGAUGUGCUUACCUGCCCUCGUACCAGUGCCUAAAGCCAUUUCUGCGGGAUAGUUUGUACAGUGCUGCUGAGCACUUUGCCUUGUGGUAAAUGUGUUGUGAUGUAA